GGUCAGACGAUGUUCAAGCUUGCGCGUUUUGCGACAAUCGAAAUCCGCGUAUCCAUGCCACGAGCAACAGAUUAUCUGUGGAAUACGUUGUGUGGCAGAGUAAGAGUACUGCACGGCAACGCAGGUACUAGUCACUUGUGUGCAAUGGUUCUCAUUCCUCUUUUGUACGUGCGACCAUAACCCUCCUGUGUGCCAAACGAUGGUGUACCACGUUUGCGACGUAACGGACUCUGUCGGAACGAAAGACACGUCAAAAUCGUCCAUCCUAAAUCCGAAGGGUGCAGACCGCCAGGUAACGAACACAGGAACCAAGAUGACCAUCUCACUCAACAUCUUCCAGUCAGGCGAUGGCUGCAGUAAUAAUUACGCCAUUUCUGUUCGCCACUCUAAACUAAUUAAUCCAAUCUUGAACGGCUUUUUCGAAUGCUCUGCAUUAUGAUUUUUGAGGUUGGCGAGGGCAGCGUAAAGUAGACACUAGUUUGUUCGUUGAGGUGAAGAUAGGCAAGUACCGAGGAUAGGAAAGGAUAAGCUGACGCACCGAGGGAGCUCAGUACUGUCCUUUUGAGAGCAGACGCCAACGACACCGACAUCCGGAUGCGUAAGAUCGCUUCUACAUCAGCUGGAGUAUCUGAAGGCACCGAAUUUACCAUGUCGACCCAUGUUGGCAAGAUCACAGAAGAAAGCAAUCUGUACAUCUGGCUUUAGAAGC